AUGGGAGAUGAGCAAAGCUCUAAUGCAACUUUAAACGGUGACCCACUUGGGCGAAAAAAUGUCGAAAUUGCUUUCGAGGCAUUUUUUGCUACUUUCGUCUUUGCUGCCUCCGUUCUUACCAACUCGAUCGUUCUUUAUGUCAUCAGGAGGAACUCCAACCUCAAAACCUUCAUUAACAAGAUCAUAGCCAACUUGUGUGUCAUCGAUUUGGUGGAGACACUUUUUAUCAUGCCCCUUUGGAUAACGAACUUGGUGAAGGGACGCUGGAUCUUUGGAAAAGUGAUCUGUAGCAUUUCAGGGUGUCUCUUCGUUGCCAUGGCCAACGCGACCCUUUAUUCGCUUUUGCUCAUCGCUGUCAGCAGGUAUUUUAAGGUUGUAAAACCUCAACUUUUUUCCAGCGUUUUUGAAAGGAAGAAAAACAGGCUUCAACUUUUGAUUGCUCUGUGUUGGAUCGUUCCACUGGCUAUCUCUAGCCCUCCCCUUUACGGGUGGGGUGAGUAUAUGUACGACUCACAGUCCGGUCUUUGUGCAUACGACUGGUCUUUUGAUUCUCUGAAUUUGUCCUACAUGGCAUUUCUGGUUAUAACGCAGCCGUCUCCCUACAUCAUUUGCUGGUGUUACUAUAAAAUAUACAAUACCGUUCGUAAAAACAGGAUUCAGAUCUGCACGCGGGCUAAUCGAGCUGCCUGCCAAAAUGCCCACAACGCUGAAAAUAUGUGUAUUCAUACAACACUCGGGAUGGCGUGCGUUGUGGUGCUCUGUUGGCUCCCAAAAGCAGUGCUUAUUAUAAUAUUUGCUGCUGGAAAACGAGGUUUGGAUUUGCCGCUUAUGAUCUCAAGUUAUCUGGUAUUUCUAACUUGUUGUUUGAAUCCUGUGGUUUAUGGAAUGAUGAACCCUCAAUUCAAGCCCGCCCUUAAGGCUUUCUUUCAAAAACGGAACUCUGACAGCCGUCCAGUGACCAUCGUUGGAUCCUUGGCUUCCCAAACAGAUUACCAGUUGAAAACUUUGAUUGCGAGCGCGGGGCGGCAUAGUUAG